CAAGCUAUCCAUCCACCUCACACGAUCCCAGCCUCGAUCGCUUCCGCAAGCUGAUGCGCCCUGCCGCGCGAUCCACGGCCACGCCAACGCCGCCAUGUCGGGUGAGCUCUCCCUCUCCGCGCGCUCGUCGCCGUCCUUCGCCGCCUCGCCUUCCGUUGCCGACGCGCGGGGCGAAGGAGAUCACCAUGCAGAGUCAACGCCGCUACGGCGCGAGGACGAGAGCAGCCGGGGCGCCAGCAGCGUCGGCGUCAAGCUCCGCCGCCGGUGGCAGCGUCGGCGGCAGCAGCUGGGGGUCGGGAAGUGGCGCGUCGGGGACACGUGGGCGCUGGACCCGGGGACGAGAUGGGUCCGGGAAUGGAACCGCGUCUACCUGCUGGCCUGCGCGGCCGGGUUAAUGGUGGACCCGCUCUUCCUGUACGCAGUGUCGCUGAGCGGCCCGCUCAUGUGCGUCUUCCUCGACGGCUGGCUCGCCGCCGCCGUCACCGUGCUCCGCUGCAUGGUGGACGCCAUGCACGCGUGGAACCUCGUCAUGCAGCUCCGCGUCGCGCGCGGCGCCACCGCGGCAGUGGCGGCGGCGCGGAGGCGGCGUGGGAUCGCUGACGAGGAGCAGGCCGCGGCGGAUCAGGCGGACGCGGACGCGGACGCCGCGCGGAGCGUCCCAGCGUACGCGAGGUCCAGGAAAGGGAUGGCGCUCGACUUCUUCGUCAUCCUUCCCGUGAUGCAGGUGGUUGUUUGGGUAGCCGCGCCGGCGAUGAUCCGCGCAGGAUCGACGACGGCGGUCAUGACGAUGCUGCUGCUGACGUUCCUUCUGGAGUACCUGCCGAAGAUCUACCACUCCGUCUCCUUCCUGCGGCGGACGCAGAACCAGUCCGGCCACAUCUUCGGCACCAUUUGGUGGGGCAUCGUGCUCAACCUCAUGGCCUACUUCGUCGCCGCCCACGCGGUGGGCGCAUGCUGGUACCUGCUGGGUGUUCAGAGGGCCACCAAGUGUCUGAAGGAGCAAUGCGUCCUGUCCGGGCCCCCCGGGUGCGCGUCCGGCCCGGUGGCUUGCGGCACCCCGCUGUACUACGGCGCAGCGUCGUCCUUCGUCGUCGGCGGCGACAGGCUUGCCUGGGCCAACGACACCAUUGCCAGGAGCGUGUGCCUCCACAGCGGCGAUAGGUACCAGUACGGCGCUUACAAGUGGACGGUGAUGCUGGUGGCGAACCAGAGCCGGCUGGAGAAGAUGCUGCUCCCCAUCUUCUGGGGCCUGAUGACGCUGAGCACAUUCGGGAACCUGGAGAGCACGACGGAGUGGGUGGAGAUCGUGUUCAACAUCCUGACCAUCACUGGCGGGCUGAUCCUGGUCACCAUGCUCAUCGGCAACAUCAAGGUGUUCCUGAACGCGACCACGUCCAAGAAGCAGGCGAUGCAGACGCGGCUGCGGAGCCUGGAGUGGUGGAUGAAGCGCAAGAACCUGCCGAUGGGGUUCCGGCAGCGCGUGCGUCAGUUCGAGCGGCAGCGGUGGGCGGCCACCCGCGGCGUGGACGAGUCCCAGAUCGUGCGCGACCUGCCGGAGGCGCUCCGGCGCGACAUCAAGUACCACCUCUGCCUGGACCUCGUCCGUCAGGUGCCCCUCUUCGUGCACAUGGACGACCUUGUUCUCGAGAACAUGUGCGAUCGGGUCAAGGCCCUCAUCUACCCCAAGGGAGAGACAAUCGUGAGGGAAGGCGAUCCGGUGCAGAGGAUGUUGUUCAUCGUGCGUGGGCACCUGCAGUGCAGCCAGGAGCUGCGGAACGGGGCGACGAGCCGCUGCACGCUGGGGCCGGGCAACUUCACUGGUGACGAGCUGCUGUCGUGGUGCCUGCGCCGGCCUUUCAUGGAGCGUCUGCCGGCGUCGUCGUCGACGCUUGUGACGAUGGAGAGCACGGAGGUGUUCGGGCUGGAGGCGGCGGACGUCAAGUACGUGACGCAGCACUUCCGGUACACCUUCACCAACGACAAGGUGCGGCGGAGCGCCCGGUACUACUCGCCCGGGUGGCGCACCUGGGCGGCCGUCGCCGUGCAGCUGGCGUGGCGCAGGUACAGGCACCGCAAGACGCUCACGUCGCUGUCCUUCAUCCGUCCGCGCCGGCCGCUGUCACGGUGCUCGUCGCUGGGCGAGGAGAAGCUCCGGCUGUAUACCGCUAUUCUCAGCUCGCCCAAGCCCAACCAGGACGAAGACUUCUAGGCCGGCGUGAACUGCAUAUGAUGAUCUGCCCUGCUUGCUUUGUUGCAUAGAGAGCAAGUGAGUUGCAGAGAGUUACAGUUACAAAUGCACAAAACGGUGGAUGUCGUGUCUGCUCGAUGGACGAGAAUCUGCGAUUGCUGAAUAUGUAGCUGCUCUAAUGUAAAUAUGAUAGUACUAUCGUUGUU